AUGUUCGAAAAAAACGAAAAAAACCUCAUUGAAUUCGAUGAGAAUUUUGAUAACUUACAUAAUGGUGCCAGCAUUAAAAUUGUACCAAAUAUUGUUCAUUACAUCAUUUUUAAUAAAAAUACGAUAAAUUUUAUUGGUUAUUUAAGUUUAUUAUCAGUAUUAAAAUUUCAUCAACCGAAUCGAAUAUUUAUACAUACAAAUAUGAAACAUUUUGAGGGAUAUUAUUGGGAUAAAAUAAUGGAAACUCAGAAAUUGUUUAAUACAAAAAUUGAAUUGGUUUCUAUGAUGCGUCCCACGCAUGUUUAUGGUCAAUUAUUAAGUUCUGUAUAUCAUGCAUCAGAUGUCAGUCGUAUACAGAUUUUACGAUUAUGGGGCGGUAUUUAUUUAGAUACAGAUAUGCUUGUUUUGAAAUCAUUGGAGAAGUUUCGAUAUUUUGAAAUUACAAUUGGAUGGCCUGAAAAGCAAUAUAUUGGUACUCAGAUAAUUAUUUGUAACAAAAAUGCAAGAUUUUUAAAAUAUUGGUUAGAAAGUUAUCAGAAUUAUAAGCCAAGUGAAUGGUAUUAUAAUGCAGGACAGUUGCCAACGGAAGGUAUUCUAGAAAAAUAUCCAGAUUUAGUACAUCGAGUAAAGAAUUAUUUUGGUGUACAUUAUUUAAUACAUAACUUGUAUACAAAUGAAAGUUGGACUGAAUGGAAAAAUUAUUAUGCUUUACACUUAUUAAGUCGACAUACGGGAGCACCAACUUACUUAAAUCAAACAAUUGUAGAUAGUAUGGAAACACCUUUUGGAGAAAUUGCAAGAAAAAUUUUAUAUACUUAAGGUAUUUCUAGCAUGAAUGCACUUUUCGACAGAAUUGGCCAAUUUUUUUCACAGGCUCACAAUAAUGUUGGCUGUGACAUGCCGAAGUUGCAGAAUUUUUGAUUGUUUCGAGAGUCUAAGCAUGUAAAACCCACUGUCCUUCCAAGUAGGAGAGUUGAAAGGAAUGUUUUUAGAAUAAAAUUAAUAAAAAAAUUUUAGAUAUUAAUUUUGACGUAAAUUGGUCAAAAUUGAG